AGUUCCCAUGCGCCACCCACGGAUUACAGCUCUACCCGGAAGCUUGAUAGUGUAGGAAUUUCCGGUUACGUCAGAGCGUCAGGACUCCAUUAGAGUUGCAGCUGUUUGUAGAGAAACAUCAACAAAACACGCUAACUGACAGGUCGCUCCGUGCUCGACAACAAGGCCUCAAGUCUGGAAGGUUAACCUUCAUUUCCCACCCGGAGCUCCGCCGGAUUCUAACCACGGCCGCUCUCGGUGAGGAAACUCUGGCCUCCGCUUCCUCCUCCUCCGACUCGGACACCGGCGGAGCGUCGCCGCCCCCGCGGAAGAAGCACCGAGCCUCGGCGGCGGAGGGAGUAGGAGAGCCCGGGGCUUCAACAGUUUUAACAGGCCUCUCUGGAGUUGUCUUGGGACUUGCUACACACUCUCAAACCACCUCGGCCAUUCAGUUUAACCGAAGUGUUGUCAAUAAUCUCAGCAGUAUGCAGUCAAACGGGGCAGGACAAGGACAAGAAUCUUCAGAAGUACCCUGCCUAAAUAGCGCACAAAACGGGGAGUCAUCCUCGGCUGGUGGAACCCACUCCAAUGGGCUUCUGUCCAGCACGGACAACGGCAAUAGUGUCGGUACCAGUAAUGGCUCUUCAAUUGGGCCCUGUGUCGGGACUUCGGCUGCCUCGAUGGCUCUAAACUCGGAGGUUGGCUCGUUGAAGAAGAAGAAACGACUGUCGCAGGCGGAGGAAGAUGUCAUACGAUUAAUAGGGCAACAUCUCCACGGACUGGGGCUGAAUCAGACGGUUGAUCUGCUGAUGCAGGAAUCGGGCUGCAGACUGGAACACCCGUCCGCCACCAAGUUCCGCAACCAUGUCAUGGAAGGGGAGUGGGAAAAGGCUGAGAAUGAUCUCAACGAGCUGAGAGCACUGAUGCAUUCUCCCAACGCUAUUGUGCGUAUGAAGUUCCUGUUGUUGCAGCAGAAGUACUUGGAGUAUCUGGAGGACGGUAAAGUCCUGGAGGCUUUGCAGGUUCUCAGGGGAGAGCUGACUCCACUCAAGUACAACACAGAUCGCAUCCAUGUACUCAGCGGAUAUCUGAUGUGCAGCCAUGCUGAGGAUCUUCGAGCCAAGGCAGAGUGGGAGGGGAAGGGUACAGCCUCACGCUGUCGGCUGUUGGACAAGCUCCAGACAUACCUGCCGCCCUCUGUGAUGUUGCCCCCAAGGCGACUUCACACCCUGUUAAAGCAAGCCGUGGAGCUCCAGAGGGACCGCUGCCUUUACCACAACACCAAGAUGGAUAACAGCCUGGACUCUGUCUCUCUUCUUCUGGAUCACGUCUGCAGCAGGAAGCAGUUCCCCUGUUACACCCAACAGAUUCUGACGGAGCACUGUAACGAAGUGUGGUUCUGCAAAUUCUCAAACGACGGCACCAAACUAGCGACAGGCUCCAAAGACACCACGGUCAUAAUCUGGCAGGUUGACAUGGAGAGCCACCAGCUGAAGCUCCUGCGAACUCUGGAAGGCCACGCGUACGGAGUCUCCUACUUAGCCUGGAGUCCUGACGACACCUACCUGAUAGCCUGUGGACCGGAUGACUGCUCUGAGCUCUGGCUCUGGAAUAUUCAGACGGGGGAGCUGCGGACCAAAAUGUCGCAGUCCCAUGAAGACAGUCUGACCAGCGUGGCCUGGAAUCCAGACGGCAAACGUUUCGUCACCGGAGGACAAAGAGGACAGUUUUAUCAGUGUGAUCUGGACGGGAACUUGUUAGACUCCUGGGAAGGGGUAAGGGUGCAGUGCCUGUGGUGCCUGAGCGAUGGCAGGACAGUGUUGGCCUCAGACACCCACCAGCGAAUCCGAGGGUACAACUUUGAGGACCUCACGGACAGAAACAUAGUUCAAGAGGACCACCCUAUCAUGUCCUUUACUGUUUCAAAGAACGGUAGAUUAGCUUUGUUAAAUGUAGCAACUCAGGGAGUGCACCUGUGGGAUCUUCAAGACCGGGUGCUGGUGAGGAAGUACCAGGGUGUGACCCAGGGCUUCUACACCAUCCACUCCUGCUUUGGAGGACACAACGAAGACUUCAUCGCCAGUGGAAGUGAAGACCACAAAGUGUACAUCUGGCAUAGGCGCGGGGAACUCCCCAUCGCUGAACUCACAGGUCAUACGCGUACAGUGAACUGCGUGAGCUGGAACCCAGCCGUCCCGGGACUCAUGGCUUCAGCCUCAGAUGACGGCACCGUGCGCAUCUGGGGUCCCGCCCCCUUUCAAGACUCACAAGAGGCAGACGGACUCCACGAAAAUUGCAGUAACAUGGACAGUUGAUGGUCAGUAACAGCCGGCAUCUUUCUUUGACAACAAUCCAAGAAAUCCCAAGACGAAAUUGACAAAGGAAUCGGAAGUGAAGAAUCAGAAGUGAAGAAAAGCUAGCGGUGGCCACCAACAACACAAAAAGAGCAAUCAAAAGCAAGAAGAAAAGUGGCCGAGGGGGGAGGGGAAAAAAAUGGCAACUUGCAAACACGGAGAGGGACAUCCUGGAUAUUUCAAGUCCUUUUUCAAAAGUUUGAUCCCGGCUGGAGGUCUGGAAAAAAAUUAAAAAAAAGAAAAAAAACAGUGAGUACCGGUGGGAUCCUCCAGCGGUGAGCUGUGCCGGCUGCUCUUUUCUUCCUACUGUUCCGUCCUCCUCCAUUUCACUGCAUGGUCAGCAGCCAUGCCAGGUCCUCGCAUGUUUCCCAGGAAGCCCGCUUCCACCUUGAGCAUGGAGCACAUGGAAGUUCCUGUGAAGCCUCCAGACAGACAGACAGACGGUGCAGACCAGCCAUCUUCUCAUUGGACUAAACCUGUCUGCUCGUCUAGUGUCUCCAUGGACGUGGGGGGGCUGUUGUUGGGGGAGGAUGGUGCAUAGGGAGAUAAAGCAACUCUUUUGUAUGUAUGUUUUCCACACCCCCCCCAGUUUCUUGCUAUAUUCUUCAUAUUCUGUCCUUUGGACAAAGGCUGAAAAGUCCACCUUACCGACCAGCUGACAAUGAACAGACAAAAAAAAGAGGCUAUGCUAAAUGUGUGAAUUUUUUUUAUGAUAGUCAUAGCGUUUAUUCUCAAUUCAAAGGGGGAAUCUUAGCUCAAGAAGUGCCCACGGAAAGCUUUAGCGUGGAGAUUCAGCGUUUUGUUUCUCGACAUUAGAAAGAGAGCCUUUUUAUUCCUUAAUUUAACACAGACGGUCGCUCUGAGAUUUCGAGGUGACGGCAAUCCCUGUCGCGCUAGCUGCAGCACAACUCCCAUCACAUCUGCCCUAAGAGGAGGACGGAGAGUUUCACGGGCCACAUAUCAGCCGGGACGGGGGGGGCGCACCAUCAAGACGUACACUUUGUUCAAACCUUCAAAAACACACUGCUGUCCCUGUUGCGUGAGUGGGUGUGAGCGCGUUUGCUUGAGUGAGCUAAUGGUGCAGAUUCUGUUGGCGUGUUUGUUUGUUUUUUUUGGUAUGUGUGUGUGUUUAAUUCACACCAGCAGAAAAUCCCCCCCCCACCCCAUAAAUUCCCCAGAAUUUAUUCCCAUCUUGAAAAUGUAAAGAGGAUUUUAAACUGAGUGAUCCAAAGCCCCAAAGGGACCUCCCUCUGUGGAACAAAGAAUACUUGAUAGCCAUUUUUCUUUUUUUAAAUUCGGGGCUUUAAUUUUACAUUAGAUUGUUUUUUUUUUUUUUGUCUUUAACCAUUCAGCGUUUAAAUGGUUCUGGAUUUCUGGCACAAAAAACAAAUUGACUGAGGCGUAUUUUGUAAAAGAAGGACCUGUGAAGUGUUAUUAACAAAAGGUCAUUUCAUAAGAAAACUGAACGAUUGUAAUUAUUGGAGGAAAUGUUAAAAUGAAUCUGAACCGAUCGCACAGCAAUCCUCAAACAGAAGAAAACACAUACUGCCUUUCUUUUUUUCUUUUUUUUUUUUUAAUAAAAUAGUUGCACACGGACCCUCAGUAUCCAAACUGCACUUUGAGUAGACCUCUCUGGCGCACACAGCAAUGACCUAACACCUCAUGGUUGCCCCCCACCUGCUAUUUAUACAGCUUAGAAGGUUUCACAGGUAAAUACUUGACAUCUUGCAGCAGGUUGCAUAUGGAAUCGAACCCUUAACCGUGCUCCUGUGCACUUCUGGACUGCUAAACUCAGCCUCACAUUUUUUUAGGCUUUAUUUUGAGGGAACCACAUUUGGAGCCUAGAGAGAGAAUUCAGCAUUAAUGCCUCCUUUGCUCUCCAGCCAAGUUACCCAGUGGUCAGUCCACCAUCCACUCCCUUCCUCCUUCUUUCUGGGCUGUAAUGACAAUUUGCUACAGACCAAUUUACAGUAAAAUGUUUCAAAACA